AUGACUAAAAGAGUAAACCCAAACCCAAAGGCACGCCCAUUUUCUGCAAAAAGAAGGGGAACAACAUGCUCCAAGUACAUAGUACCAGGAACCCUCGCCAAAAUGAGGGACUCCAAGAUCACACGCAAUCGAAGGCCAACCCAGGUUUCUUCUUCUCUAGUCUCACUUACACCCUCCUCUACCUUCCAACAGGAUCAGCCACUCAACCAGGAUAAUGGGGUUCCUUGCUUUGCCCUUCCCCUCUAUUACACUCAACCCACUUGCUUCAAUCGAAAAAAACUAUUUGCGGUUACUCCUACUUUCACCCCCAUUGACACACACCAGUUUUAA